AACACACCUACACUGAGUCAUUUUACUGUCUGAACAUACUGCAGAUUACAGUUCUUUUGUCUACAAGUGAUUUACAGUACCUUUGUGGAUGAUUGAGUGACUUUCUUCAGUUUAAUAGAAGAUGGUGGGUCUGGCUGCCACUACAGCAAAUGUGAAUGCAAUGGAACACUUGGUGACUGAACUGAAUGUGUUGCUCAAGCUGCUAGACCAUGAGACCUUGAGUUCUGCUACCGAGGAGAAGAAAUGUGCUGUUAGGAACCUCCUCAAACAGCUAAAGCCCUCAGUCACUGGACCAGAAUACAUGUACAUGAACACCUCUGUCUGCAGAAAUGGCACAAGCUUUGUGGAAGCCCUUUUUGAUAACUUUGACUGCAACCUCAGUGAGCUGAAAGUUAAAGUAGAAGAACAGAAGAAAGACUCAAUUCAAACAAAGUCACCAUCGAAACUUAUGAUACCAGAUUCAGCACCUCCACUCCCCACCACACCACCUCCAGAGGAAUACUAUGAGGAGGCUGUGCCACUCAGCCCUGGCACUGUGCCAGAAUACAUAACCAGCCGCAGUAGCUCCAGUCCUCCUAACUCGAUUGAGGAUGGAUACUAUGAAGACACGGACUGUCCAAAUGUCAGCAUGAACCGGCGGCGCAAAAAUUCAUAUAAUGAUUCGGAUCCUCUGAGCAGCUCCUAUGAAUCAUAUGAUGAGGAAGAGGAUGAAAGGGGUCAGCGUUUAACCCACAAGUGGCCUUCAGAGGAGAAUUCAAUGGCCCCAGUGAAGGAUUGCCGUAUCUGUGCCUUCCUGCUGAAAAAGAAGCGAUUUGGUCAGUGGGCCAAACAACUCACAGUCAUCCGUGAGAACAGACUUCAGUGCUACAAAAGCUCCAAAGACCAGUCUCCCUACAUUGAUCUUCUGCUUAAUCUGUGCAAUGUCAUAUAUGUGCCUAAGGAUGGGCGGAAGAAAAAGCACGAGCUUCGCUUCUCUCUGCCAGGUGGAGAGGCUCUGGUGUUCGCUGUACAGAGCAAAGAACAGGCAGACAAAUGGCUCCAAGUGGUGCGUGAAGUAAAUAGUCUGGGCAAUCCAUUAGACAUCUCAACAUCACCCAUGAUCCCCAGAAAAAGAGAGAAAGAGCCAGAAAAAGACUUGGACAAGAGAUUGUCUGGUGAGAAACAUGCAUCAGAUUCCGACAGCUUGCCAAGUGGUGAAUGCAGCCGUGACAGCCGGGAGAAUGGUAAGCAAAAGUGGGUUCCUCUGUCAGAAUUAAAAGGCACAAUGAGCAGAGCAGCAGGGCGAAAGAUUACUAGGAUGAUUAGCUUUUCAAAAAAGAAGCCACCUUUACCUGGAGAUUCACGAAUACAGUCACUUCAUGAGGACCCUCGUUGUGGCUAUCUAAAUGUUUUGGUGAACCAGUGCUGGAAGGAGCAGUGGUGUCGUGUAAGAUGUGGCUCACUCCACCUUCACCAGGAAAAAAAAAAAGAUGGAUGGCGAUGUCCACACACCUCCAUUGUCCUACGAGGCUGUGAUGUGGUGCCAGGUCUUGGUCCCAAGCACCCUUUUGCUCUCAGAAUACUAAGAGGUGGCACGGAGGUGGCAGUGUUAGAGGCAAGCUGCUCUGAAGAAAUGGGCCGCUGGCUUGGAGUUUUAUUGGCAGAAACUGGUUCUUCUGCGGAUCCAGAGUGCUUGCACUAUGACUAUGUGGAUGUGGAGACCAUCGCCAAUAUUCGUACAGCUGCUCGUUUCUCCUUUCUAUGGGUCACCUCCUCAGAAUCAAGGACUUAUGAUGAUGUGCCUUAUGAGGAAACCCAGGCUGAAAAUGGGUAUUUGCUAAAGCGCCGGUCUGCUAGUAGUGACAGAAGUAUGGCCAAGCCUCAGAUCACCAUUAAGCGUCACAGCUCUAACGCAAAUCAGUAUGGAAGGUAUGGGAAAACACGGGCCGAAGAGGAUGCGCGCCGGUACCUGAGGGAGAAAGAGGAGCUGGAGAGAGAGAAAGACAAUAUAAGGAAUGCACUGGUGUUACUGCGUAAGGAAAAACGAGGAGCCAAGGAGAGAAUGAAGAUGGCAACAGAUAAACAGCGGUUGGCACUUGAGGAGAGUGUUGCCCAGCUGGAGGCGAGCUGCCAGGUCAAGGAAAGUGAAUGUGUUGACCUCGAGCUCAAACUUACUCAGGUUAAAGAGAAUCUGAAGAAGUCUCUGGCUGGAGGAGCUUUAGGGGCACCUGCAGAGUCUAAACAAGUAAACAAGAAGACUCAGAAAACCGAGGUACCAUAUAAUGAUUCAAUAAUUCCAGUCAACUGUGCAUCUGAAAUGCGGAAACGCCCCCUGUCUAUCUAUGCAUCUACAAAGGGAAACGUUAUGCAGAAAGCCAAGGAAUGGGAAUCCAAAAAAGGGAUGUGCUGAAGAUGUCUUGGACUGGGGAGGAGGUGCUCCAGUUAACACAAGAACUUGAAAGACGUUCAACAUGUAAACCUGCACAUCUUUAAGCGCCAUACUCUUUGUAACCUCUGCGUAAUUGAAAAUAUAUACAGGAUCACACCAGUGGAA